CAAGAUAUAAUUUAUAGCGAAUCAAGAGAAUAAUUAAUAAAAAAAUAUGGCAGCUCGUGCGCGGGCAGAAAAGGGCCGGUUUAUGCCGGGAAAUACAGAGCUUGAUAUUAUCCCGCAGAAAUGGAGGCAAGAAUGGGUACUUCAUCAAAAUUUUAAGGAAGGAAAAGGGCAUAAUAAUAGUUUUAAAACUCUUUGUUGGGUUCCAGUUAAAGAGAAUGAAGGAUCAGAAACCUUUAAAACAUUAGAAGAAGAAGAAGAAGCAUCAUCAUCAGCAGCAGCAGCAUCCCAUUUAGGAGAAAGAAUAAGAUCAGAAGAAAAUAAAGAACAAAAGCCAGAGAUAGAAAGUUAGAAAGAAAAAGAAUAUAAAAUGAAUAAUCUAAGCAGUUUAUUG